GCAAAAAAAAAGCCCAUACUGCACGCUGCAAGUGUUCUACAUAUCGUCAAUAUUCGUUAUCACAGCGCUGCUGUCGUGUCCCAUCGCUGCGCCUCGAACGGUCACGCCAGCGAGCGGUAAGACGCCUUGCCUGCCAUAAGUAACAAACCACCUCGGGCCGCCGCGCGGCGGCUGAAGAGCACGAGACGCUAGCUCGAAAAACGGUGGCUAGAUGUCGACCGUCGACCGCGCCCUGGCCCUCCUCACCGGCGACGACGCGCCGCCCGCGCCGACGCCGAGCGCGAGGACCAUCGAAAAGGCCGUCGCCUGGGAGAUCGAGGACGAGAUCGCGGCGAAGACGGGCCGCGCGCGCUUCGGGCCGCUCCAGGCCUUGGCCGGUGACCUCGACGCCCUCGAGGAAUCAAUAAAAGAGGUCGACGCCUGGCUCGCGAAGAACGUCGACGACUUGGAUGGGGUGGAUGCGGCGGUGCGCGACGUGUCGGACGACACGAAGACGAACGAGGUCGUCACGGAGAAUCUGGAGGCCCUGGACCGCGUCCUGGCCAAGGUCGUAGCAACCGCGCCGCAGGGGCUGAGCCUGCACCCGCGCGCGGAGAAGGCUUUGAGGUUGCGGUCGGUGGAUCGCGACGUGACGCGGGGCGCGGACCAAUUACGCGCGGCGCUGAAGAACGCCUCCGUCCUCAGAAAGGACGACACCUAUCAAGGUUUAAGGAGCGUCCGCGAGCAGAAAAACCACUUGGAUCGGGUCCGGUCGAGGUUCGCCCAGGACGCAUCAAAAUUAGCGUCGAAGCGCCUCUCCAAUGUUUUUAUGAGGCAGGACUCCGUCGGCGGGACGACGGCGUCCGCGGAGCAGCGGCGCGACGCGUUAUUACGUAGACAAGCCGCCGCGCACGACCGGGUGUUGAAAGAUGCGUCCCUAAAAACGCUGUGUGGGGCGCUUGCUCGUAUAAGAGCCUCGAGCGCUCUGAAAGCAUGUCAUCAAGCGUGGGCCAAGGCGUCCGCAUCCAUGUACGGCGAGUCCAUCGCGGCGCUGAUCGACGCUUUGAAGCUUGAAUCACGGUUCGUCGAGCGUCUGCUGGACGACGUCAUCCCAGUUGUCGACCGGGAACAGAGCUUCGCCAAGAAAGUUUUCGGCGCGCGCGACGACGACUGUCUGAAGGUGCAAUUCGCGGCGUUGCGUCAAGCUCUUUUGAACGCGGCGGCGGCUUCAGAUACAGAUCCCAUCACCGUCUACGCCGCGUGCGACCGUAAAACAUCGUCCUUCGUCUCCACUCUGCUCAAGGAGGCUCGAGCAAAGGCAGCGGACGGCAUCCGCCAGGAGGUGCGUUUAGCGGGAGACCGCUGCGACGCGCAAGAUCUCAAGAGGUACAAAAGGCGGGAUCAUAAACUAGGCGGCGCGCCGGCGGACGGCGCCGCGUUCGCUUGUAGUUUGUGCGACGCCGUCGAGCGGUCUCUGUCAAGUUUGGACGAUCAGAGAGUAAGGAAGGACGUCGUCGAGCCCGCGUACAAGGCUCUACUCCUCAAAGUCGAUGUGAUGAUCGAGCGCACCGCGGCGGCCAAUGCGAAGCACGCCCAUCUAUCUGUUGUAGAGACCCGUUAUUUCUUAGCGCGGCGGCUUUUGAAUCAUACCAAGUCGCCCCGGCUCCAAGCCUACGCCGCGAAGUGCCGCGCUGCUUCAGAUGACGCUUCAAAGGCCUACGCGACGGCUAUGAUGGAUAACGCCUUCCCGAAGGCUUCAUUGUAUUUUGAUGCAAGGUCGCGCGGCGCCGCGACGUCGGCGAAGGGCUUCGACGCGGCUAGAUCGGAAGUCGCCAAGGCCGAAAAAGGUUUAAGGAGCCUAGCCGAGCGCCUCGACAAGCACGUCGCGGCGCGCGGCGACGACGCGUUGCGGGGCAUGCUGCGGGGUUGUGUGUUUGGCCACGCGGCCGCGGCGAUCGCGUCCUACGACGCUUUGGCUCGCGCGGACGGGCGGGGGUUGGAGGAUGCGGCGCGGGCGGUUGCUCUUGCGAAGCGGAUGCGGGCGUUGUAAGUGUUGUUGGUUUGUACUACAAGUAUCUUAA